UUCACUUACCACAAAUCAAAACGACUUGACUCUCUCACUAGCCUUAGUAGCAACCAGCUCUCUUUGCUUCUUUCUUCGUAGGCUUUUUUUUUUGUGUUGAGUGUUAGCAGCAAUGGUGAAGGACGUUGAAGCAGGAGGACAACAUGGGUACUCGGCCAAGGACUACCAGGAUCCACCACCGGCACCGUUGUUCGACGCUGAAGAGCUUGGUCAGUGGUCCUUUUACAGGGCUAUCAUUGCUGAGUUUGUGGCCACGCUUUUGUUCUUGUACAUCACCAUUUUGACAGUCAUCGGCUACAAGAGCCAGGUUGAUCCAGCGCACAGCUCCGAUGCCUGUGGUGGCGUCGGAAUUUUGGGUAUUGCUUGGGCCUUCGGUGGCAUGAUCUUCGUCCUAGUUUACUGCACCGCCGGAAUCUCUGGAGGACACAUCAACCCAGCUGUGACGUUCGGACUGUUCUUGGCAAGGAAGGUGUCUUUGGUUCGAACCAUCUUGUACAUAGCGGCUCAGUGUUUGGGAGCCAUCUGCGGAUGUGGGCUGGUUAAGGCUUUCCAGAGUGCUUACUACGACUUAUACGGCGGAGGAGCCAACUCCCUUGCCCAUGGAUACAGCACCGGUACCGGACUAGCCGCUGAGAUAAUCGGUACCUUUGUUCUUGUCUACACUGUCUUCUCUGCUACUGACCCUAAAAGAAGCGCAAGAGAUUCCCAUGUUCCCGUCUUGGCACCACUUCCAAUUGGGUUCGCUGUGUUCAUGGUUCACCUUGCCACCAUCCCCAUCACUGGUACUGGUAUCAACCCAGCUAGAAGUUUUGGGGCUGCAGUGAUUUACGGCGAGGCAUGGAAUGGCCACUGGAUCUUCUGGGUCGGACCAUUCAUUGGAGCUGCCAUUGCUGCUUUCUACCACCAAUUUGUAUUGAGAGCAGCCGCUGUUAAAGCUCUUGGAUCAUUCAGAAGCGCUAACACCAUGUGAUCUGGGAUCAAUGUAUGAGUUUUUCUCUCAUCUGGGCACCAAUAUAUGUCGAAAACAAAAAGAAUUACACGUUCUAAGUUGUCAUAAUGAGGCUUUUGAACUUGGUAUUUAUGUAUAUGAUUUUAAUUUCAAGUAUCUGUUUGUAGUUUUCUGUCUUGGGGUCUAGUUUUAGAUGUGCCCCUUUUCUUCUUUUCCGCUUUCUCUCUUCUUCUUACGAGUGUUUGUGUCCUUGUGAGUUUCAUCAAUGAAAAAUCAAAGUUGAUAAUCAAAA